AAACCGACUCACGGGCUCCAAGUCAAUGAGAAUAACGGCAGUAAUUCACGGAGGACGGUCCUCACAUCCCCAUCCUCAAGUUUCGUGGUGUUACAUGUUUUAUAUGAAGUAAACCACGGGGAGGGCUUCAUCUGAAGGACGCUUUUCAGAAAUUCACCAUCAAAGAAAAUCCGCCCGGUAAACAAGGGACCGACACAAAGUUUCUCUAUAGAGCUUCCUCUCUCACACACGCACACUUGAAGACCGAGAAUAAUCGCUCAGAAAGCAUGGAGCCCGCUGAGAUGAACACUAUCCCCAACGGGAAGGGGCACGAAGCUGGCGAGGACACUACUGUGACUGCAAUAAAAAGCCAAUCAGAGGAUGCAGCUCAGGAACUUGUACCAAAUAGCACAGAAAAUGCCAGUACUGACAGAACUCCAGGUAAUGCGGAAGCAAACCUUGCAGAAAGCUCAGAGUUCCUGUCCAACGCAGAUGAUAAGAAAACCCCUCGCUUCACGGAUUUUGAGGGAAAGACUUCUUUUGGGAUGUCUGUCUUCAACUUGGGAAACGCCAUCAUGGGAAGUGGAAUUCUGGGAUUAGCGUAUGCAAUGGCUAACACCGGCAUUGUCCUCUUUGUAAUUCUCCUCACUGUUAUCGCUGGUCUGUCUGCAUACUCCAUUCACCUGCUGCUAAAAUCAUCAGGCGUUGUGGGCAUUAGAGCUUAUGAACAACUGGGUUACCGAGCCUUUGGCACACCAGGCAAGAUGGCUGCCGGCAUUGCGAUCACCCUGCAGAACAUUGGAGCCAUGUCCAGCUACUUGUACAUAGUAAAGUAUGAGUUUCCGCUGGUUAUCCAGGCUUUUCUGAAGGUGGACAAUCCAUCCGGGGAAUGGUAUUUAAAUGGCAAUUACCUGGUGGUUAUUGUAUCAUGCACUGUCAUCUUGCCACUGGCUUUAAUGAAGCAGCUCGGGUACCUGGGCUACACCAGCGGUUUCUCUCUCAGCUGUAUGGUCUUCUUCCUUAUUUCGGUGAUCUAUAAGAAGUUCCAGGUGAAAUGUCCUUUUGAAGACUUUGCCCAUAACAGGACAGUGUUGGGCUUCAACACAAGUGUGGCAGCUGACCCCGGAGGAGUGGAGAUGACCCCCGAGGGUGACCCUGCCUGCACCCCCCGCCUCUUCAACCUCAACUCACAGACGGCCUACACGGUUCCCAUCCUGGCGUUCGCAUUCGUGUGCCACCCCGAGGUGCUGCCAAUUUACACCGAGCUGCGCAACCCUACAAAGACAAAGAUGCAGCACGUCUCCAACAUCUCCAUCGCAGUCAUGUACAUCAUGUACCUCUUGGCCGCUCUCUUCGGGUAUCUGACCUUCAUUGAUAAGGUGGAAGCCGAGCUGUUGCACACCUACAGUCGAAUCGACCCGUACGACACACUCAUCCUGUGCGUCCGCCUGGCUGUGCUGACUGCCGUCACGCUCACUGUGCCCAUCGUCCUGUUUCCCGUGAGGAGAGCGAUUCAGCAGCUGUUCUUCCCGAACAAAACCUUCUGGUGGCCACGUCACAUUGCUAUAGCCGUCACCCUCCUCACUCUCAUCAACUUACUGGUCAUCUUCGCCCCGAACAUCCUGGGCAUCUUCGGGGUCAUCGGUGCCACGUCUGCGCCGUGCCUCAUCUUUAUAUUUCCAGCCGUGUUUUACAUCCGCAUUGUUCCCAAGGAAGAGGAGCCCUUGCGCUCAGCGCCGAAAAUCCUCGCUGCUUGCUUCGCCUUAUUAGGAGUCCUAUUUAUGAUAAUGAGCUUGAGCUUUAUCAUCAUUGAUUGGACAUCAGGGACCAGCAAAGGAAGCAGUGGUCAUUAGGCCUCACCCUCUCUAAUGGUUUAUGCUUUUUAAUAUUACUUUCGGGUCAGUAGUUGGGGAGGAUGCAUAAUCUCUCAGUGAUCAGUGACAAGAAUAGUACCAGAUUCCUAGCUUUAGUUGCAUUCAGUGCAUUAUUUAGCCAUGUGACCUGCAUAUGCUGUAAAUGGGGUCUUGCCCCAUCUCAGGCCGGCAUUAAAUCCAUUUAAAGGCCACCCGCUCCCAAAAAGGAGCAGUUGGCACAUGGAAAUAGGGAGAAGAUAACCAGAACAAAAAAUAAAUCAAUCAAAGCCCACGAUAGUUCGAUUGUGCCAUAGUCUCAGCACAUGCAGUACGCAGGGUUUACAAACUAAAGGGAUUUUGCAUUCUAACCAAACAGACUCAUCCGCUGGCCCAACCUCCCAUCUAUCCCUUCAUAUUAUGACCUUUGACCUCUGCCCUUCGGCCACAUUCGCGAGAGAUUAGAAUCACAGUAAGUGCUCAGUUCUUACGGGGAGGAUUGGUGGUUAUUAAAGCGUUUAUUUCCUCAUAUCUCAUAUUAGAUAUAGCAAUACUCUGUGCAAUAGCUGUGAGGUAUCUGACACUGAAGGCUGUUGAGAGGUGACGCGAAACCUCGUCCAGAAUCCAGGUUUGAUUUGGCUGCGGUCUAUUACACAAUAUCAAAUUUAUGCAAACUGUACGUAUAGAUGUACCUGUCACAUUUUUAUAUGGAUUUAUAACGUUUAUCCUUUCUACAGUAUUUAGAGAUAAAUAUAUUAGUAUAUAUAUAUAUAUAUAUAUAUAUAUAUAUAUAUAUAUAUAUAUAUAAGCAUAAAUAUAUAUGAUAUAAGAGCAUUCCGGUGUUCUCAAGGUUAUGUAUCACAUCCCUUUACAAUAUUUGUGACUAAAAUGCCAUCUUUAAAAGAUAAAAAGACGUCUUUGUUUAGGAACACUACUGGUUGCAUUGGGAAAGCACAGACUGGAAAGCACAGUUAAUCAUAGGGUCAGUUUGCAACGAUCCCAUGAGGCUGAUUUUGAAACACUCUCUGGAUUUAUAUGCAGAGAAAACCAAAAACACAGAUUCACAGGGUCUUCUCUUUAACCGGAGAAACAAAUGCGGCGCACUGAUGCACGUAAAUGUUUUAGCUACAGGGCAAAAUGGCAUACACGCGGUAACACUGCCUGGUGGAAGAUGAUCAGUUUUGCUUCUAGAUAAGCUUAAAAAAAGAGGCUGUUAACCCAAGUAGAUGAAUAUUGAAUAUUGAAACUGUAGCACUUUCAGUUGAAGCACAACUUCCGCUCAAUCUCUUGACCCAGUUACGACUCGCGACAUAAUCAUAGAUUAAUAUAUUUUGUAGACAGAUAUAUGAAUAAAAGCCUACGUACUACUAACUGUAAACUGAAGAAAAAAAAAGUAAUGUGUGGAUGUCUAACAUGGUACAUGAAUAUUUUAAACUUUGUAAUUGAAACUUGUCAUCCUAAAAAAAAAACAACUAUAAAUCAAGCACUUACUGGCCCAUAAUGAUCUUAGUGGUAACACUGUGGUGUUUUAGCGUGUGUGUGUGUGUGUGUGUGUGUGUGUGAAUGUGUGUGUUCUCUCCUCUUCUCACUUAUGGAGAAAGAAUACUUCAGUCAGUGAAUGUACUGUAAUGGACUAUAAGAUGUCUAAAUGAGAUGUGCAUUUAAAUUGUGGUACUUUUUUAUUCUUUUUUGUCUGUUUGAUUAAUGUUUAAUGGAUAGACAAGCCACACGUAUAACUAAAUCAUCAUAUCUAUGAACCAGUAUUAAAGUAAUUACAUAUCUCAAUAUCAUUUUUCAGUGUGAUACAUGUCCCUGGUGCUGCAUCGAGGGCCUGAUGGACAGUAGAAAGGCACUGUAAUAUAUUCCAAAUUACAAUCUGUACUUCUUGGCGUUUUUUUUUUAAAUGCCUUGCUUAUCAUGGCCGGAGGCUUCAUUUCCCUCUUUGUGGUUUUUUGGAUAUAUAUUUACGUAGAGAAUUGAGAAAUGAAUGAUUAAAUAUGUCUGUAUGAAGUGUAACUAAAGUGUAUCAUUGAAAUAACCCAUUGUUCACUUUUUUUUGGUAAAGAAGCGUUUAGUUCUGGUGAAGGUGAGAUGUUAUUUGUAGUGGUGUAAUGCCUCACACACCGAUGUGGUUUCUCAAGCACAAGUGUCCCAUGGUUUUAGCAGUCUGUGUUAAUGUCUGUUCACAUGCCUGAGAACUAAAUGUGCCAGAUGUGAAAGAAUUGCCAGUAUCUGUCCUUCAAUAUACCAGUGGCUCUAAAUAAUAAUGAUUCUUGAUUGCUCAA